GUAAACAGCGCAGGGCAUUUCGGGAGCGGGAUUGUUUCGUGCAGGAAGCAGGCUCCAUUUUAGCGCCGCCCGCUGUCGCCAUCUGUUCCCUUCCCUCCCCUUUCCCCCUCCCGUCCCCAAGCCCCAUAGGGAAGGCUGCGUGUAGGCCGCAGGAACCUGGAGUCAGAGGAGAGAAGGGGAAAAGGGAGAAAAAGGGUGGAUCGAGAAGAGUGAGUGGUAGAGGCCAAGGUACGAAGCGCGCGGCUCGGUGGACGGACUGACGGACGGGCCCGUGCUGCUGCUGCCGCGGCCGCGGCGCCCGCGCGAGUCGCGUCGAAGCGGCGGCGGCGGUAGCGGAAACAGGAGGGGCGCAAUGGCGGCCGACAGCCGGGAGGAGAAAGAUGGAGAGCUUAAUGUUCUCGAUGAUAUUCUGACUGAAGUACCAGAGCAGGAUGAUGAGCUGUAUAACCCAGAAAGUGAACAAGAUAAAAAUGAGAAAAAGGGAUCAAAAAGAAAAAGUGACCGAAUGGAAUCUACUGACACCAAACGACAAAAGCCUUCUGUUCAUUCACGACAAUUGAUUUCAAAGCCACUGAGCUCAUCUGUUAGCAACAACAAAAGAAUAGUUAGUACUAAAGGAAAGUCACUUACAGAGUACAAAAAUGAGGAAUAUCAAAGAUCUGAAAGAAACAAACGUCUAGAUGAUCGCAAGAUCCGUUUGUCAAGCAGUGCCUCUAGAGAUGCUUACAAGAGUCAACCUGAAAAGACUUGUCUCCGGAAAAGGGAUCCUGAAAGGAGGGCCAAAUCCCCUACACCAGAUGAUUCUGAGAGAAUUGGUCUUGAUGUGGAUAGACGUGCGAGCAGAUCCAGCCAAUCUUCUAAGGAAGAAGUGAACUCUGAAGAGUAUGGCUCCGACCAUGAGACUGGCAGCAGUGGUUCUUCUGAUGAGCAAGGCAACAACACCGAGAAUGAGGAGGAAGGAGUGGAAGAAGAUGUGGAGGAGGAUGAAGAGGUAGAAGAAGACGCAGAGGAAGAUGAUGAGGUGGAUGAAGAUGGAGACGAGGAGGAAGAGGAGGAGGAGGAGGAAGAAGAAGAAGAAGAAGAAUAUGAGCAGGAUGAAAGAGAUCAGAAGGAGGAAGGAAAUGAUUAUGACACUCGAAGUGAGGCCAGCGACUCAGAUUCUGAAUCUGUUUCCUUCACAGAUGGAUCUGUUAGAUCUGGUUCAGGCACAGAUGGAUCAGAUGAGAAAAAGAAGGAAAGGAAGAGAGCUCGAGGCAUAUCUCCAAUUGUAUUUGAUAGAAGUGGAAGCUCUGCAUCAGAGUCAUAUGCAGGUUCAGAAAAGAAGCAUGAGAAAUUAUCAUCUUCCGUUCGUGCUGUCCGAAAAGAUCAAACCAGUAAACUCAAAUAUAUUCUUCAGGAUGCAAGAUUUUUCCUCAUAAAGAGUAACAACCAUGAGAAUGUGUCCCUUGCCAAAGCUAAGGGUGUGUGGUCCACGCUGCCUGUAAAUGAGAAAAAAUUAAAUGCUGCAUUCAGAUCUGCAAGGAGUGUUAUCUUGAUAUUUUCUGUAAGAGAGAGUGGAAAAUUUCAGGGGUUUGCAAGACUUUCUUCAGAAUCACAUCAUGGUGGAUCUCCUAUACAUUGGGUGCUUCCAGCAGGAAUGAAUGCUAAAAUGCUGGGAGGAGUCUUUAAAAUUGACUGGAUUUGCAGGCGUGAACUACCCUUCACUAAGUCAGCUCAUCUCACCAAUCCUUGGAAUGAACAUAAACCAGUCAAGAUUGGACGUGAUGGACAGGAAAUUGAACUUGAAUGUGGAACCCAGCUUUGUCUUCUAUUUCCCCCCGAUGAAAGUAUUGACUUGUAUCAGGUCAUUCAUAAAAUGCGUCACAAGAGAAGAAUGCAUUCUCAGCCCCGAUCAAGAGGACGUCCAUCCCGUCGAGAACCAGUCCGGGAUGUGGGAAGGCGUCGACCAGAAGAUUAUGAUAUUCAUAACAGCAGAAAGAAACCAAGGAUUGACUAUCCCCCUGAGUUUCACCAGAGACCAGGGUAUUUAAAGGAUCCACGAUACCAGGAAGUAGACAGACGAUUUUCAGGAGUUCGCCGAGAUGUGUUUUUAAAUGGGUCCUACAAUGAUUAUGUGAGGGAAUUUCAUAACAUGGGACCACCACCACCAUGGCAAGGAAUGCCUCCUUAUCCUGGAAUGGAACAACCACCACAUCAUCCGUACUAUCAGCAUCAUGCACCACCUCCUCAAGCCCAUCCCCCUUACUCAGGACAUCAUCCAGUACCGCAUGAAGCAAGAUACAGAGAUAAACGAGUACAUGAUUAUGAUAUGAGGGUGGAUGAUUUCCUACGUCGUACACAAGCGGUCGUAAGUGGCCGGAGAAGUAGACCUCGUGAAAGGGAUCGGGAGCGAGAACGAGACCGUCCCAGAGAUAACAGAAGAGACAGAGAGCGAGAGAGAGGACGAGACAGAGAAAGAGAAAGAGAGCGAUUAUGUGAUCGGGACAGAGACCGAGGAGAGAGAGGUCGAUAUCGAAGAUAAUGUGCUUUUCAAAGCAAUUGAUUGUUUAAAGAUAAAACAAAAUCUUGUUUUUUUGUUUUUGUUUUUUUGGUUUUUUUUUUGGUGUGUGUUUACAAGUAGUAAAUUUAUUUUCAACUGUCUACUUAAAGUUCAUUGUGUAGAAGGAUUUAUUAUGACCCUCUUUGUUCCAAGCAUGCAGUAUAAUAAGAACUGGAAAAUUCUCAAAUUCGCCAAAAAUGCACAGUUGACAAUGGAGUUGACACUUACUGGGGCAGAAUGGAACAGUCCAAGUAUGUAGAUAUUGAUUCAUUCUUCGUAAAUGUUCAUCUACUUAUAGUGUGUUCACCUAGGGUUAUUGUUUGUUUUCUUUCUUUUGGAUCUUGAUUGAUAACUGCCAUGACCUUUUGCUUUGAUGUGUUUCUACAUGUAGUUGCACACGGUUCAGUAAAAUAAUGCUGCUAUUAAGUAUGCAAAUAUUGAAGUAUGAUGGUUUGACUCUAUGGCAGUGUUGUAGCAGCCUUUUGGUUUCUCCCUUGCUCCGUUUUUAAAACUUAUAACGUCAAUUUUUAUUUUUCUUCAGUCUUCAAUGAUGAGAGCAAUAUUAAGAAGACAUUGCUAUCUAAUUCUUAACCUUUUUGAAAAAUAAAAAAUUCUUAUGUUCGGUAGCAUGGUUGAUGCUAUUGUUUAGCCUUCCCCUCCAAACUGUAUACAUUGGCUUGGAAUGUUCACAACUUGCGUGUGUGGCAGCAGAAGAUUCCCAUAUUCUACAUUGCUACUGUUUUGUAUAAAAUAAAUUGGUAAAGAUUGA